GAGGGCUCGCGUACAGGCGCAGGCUCAGACACACCUCCUCUGCCUCCAUCACACACACACACACACACACACACAUUAUGUGUUGCGUCGCCGUGUGACACAGACAACAUGUAAGGCUGCACGAAGGGCGAGCGCGCGGCUCAGGGAGGCUCACACAGCAGGUGCAGCAGGACCGAGGCCGAGGCUGCACUUUCUCCUCCUGCUCCACCAUGUCCACCGCAUCCGAGCAGAUCUGGGAUGAAACGGCAGUGUUGAUCUUGAAUCACACCUAAUGGAGAGCACUGAAGUUACUUUAAGAUGACACGGACACAUCCCCCUGAUAUACUGGCUUCGACUCUAUAUCGGGACAUUACGCUAAAUCCCAUCCCUGACUACUCCGUUUCUGUUCACUCCUCCCAGCAGAGUGACUUGAAAAUGAUUGAUAAACCAGAAAUCAUCAACAAAAGGCACUGUCGUAGCUUUGACUUCAUUGAGUCACUGGAUGAUCCGCAGUCUUUCUCUUCCCCAAUGGAGUACCCUUACAAGAGGGCUGAGCAUCAGACAUUAAACAAAGAUCAAAUGUGGAAUGGACUAGAUCAACAGGGGCAUCUUCGUUUUUCAUCUCCUGACCUGUUUAACACCAGGCAGCUACAGCAGCAGCAUGCCAGCCAAGAAAAAGCCAACCAUCAUACAUGGUCAGAUUCUAAAAAGAGAACAAGAUCUAAAAGUGCCCCUCGGGUUAAGGCAACCCUCACUCCUGUGCCCAUCUCAGUGUCUCCUCCAGGAGCCAGGAAGGGGAGGGAUGCACCUCAGGCUGCAUCAGACUCCUUGAGGGCUUCUGAAACACACCGAGAUCCGUACACCACAAACAGGGCGUUUUUGAAUGAGGUGCAUCCCAACAAACUGCAGCCUCAUUCCCCUCUCUAUGUCUCAGACUGUUUUGAGGAGGACAAACCCGAUAAACCAGCCGCAACCCCUCAUGUGAGGUACCGUGUGGACAUUAAACCAGAUGCUGCCGUACUGCAGCACGCGUCCAGGCAGGUUCCUAAUGUACGGACUGAUCAUCUUUGGCAGAGAUACUCCCAGGCUGGUAGCAGUAGAGGUCUGUAUGUACCCCGGCAGGUUGUCUGCUCGCCAACGCCCACUCCAAGUGAAUGCUAUAGUGGAGAUUUUAGACAAGGACACCACUAUGCAACCAGCAUGUCUCCAAUCUCUUACCAGCAUGUAGACAUGCACAGAAUUCCGUCACCAACUGCACCAUAUCUGAGUCAAGAACAUAGAGCUUACUCAAAUCCGAACAUACCAACAAAGUUUUUCUAUACGGAAGACCCUGUUCGGUAUUCAGCCCAUCCCUAUUCCAGAGCACACUUUCAGGAUGAUCGGUCCAGUUUAACCAGCCACGGUAGUACAAUGACAUGUCAGUAUGAUCCAAGGACUCGUUGGGUGCAUACCCUUCCUGUCAGGUCGUAUUACACAGACCACCUGUCCAAGAGAGAGCCAGCGCACUCUGUGUACAAUAGGCCUUACUCCACAAGUGAGGCAGGAUCAUACUUUUCUCAAACUCCAUUGUCAAGACCUUACUUUGGAGAGGAGAGUAGGUUCAAUCCGUACCAUACAAGUAACCCAAGGUUGUUUUAUCCCAAACCAUUCAGCUCUCCUGAGGAACAGUACUUUCCUUCAAGGCAAUAUCACACAGAGGGUCGUCAACGCCCCCGAUUGUCCCAGGCAUUUUCAGACGAUUGGUAUCGCUCAAGCAUAUCUGGCUACUCUAACCAGUCCUCACUGCACACACCACCAAGAGUAAGACAAGACCCCACUAUGCCCCCAUGGUUCACCAGCAGCUGUGCAGAGACAAGUAGACUAGGAGCAGAGGUCAAGAACCAUUCCAAGUCUUGGGACAAUAUUCUAUAUCCACAACAUGACAGAGACCAGUCAGUGCCUCGAGGACGAAGUUUCGAGAACCUGUUCUACCAGGCAAGACAUGGAGCACCCUCUGAUGUCGCAUCUCAGCCGGUAAUACUUAACCUCUCAAGUUCGCCAAGGCGGUAUGCUGCUCUGUCACUCUCUGAAAACUCACUGGAGAGGGGCUCGAGCAAUCCGUGGAGGAAUAUGAAGAGUGCAAACUGGUUUGUAACGCCUGAGAUCACCAUAACUGACAAUGAUAUUUGUGCAGCCAAUAGCAAGCGGCGUGAUGUGCACUCUGUCCACUGGAACACACUGGAUGGUGAUAAGACACCAUCUCAGAGAGUAGUGCAGCAACAGAAGCAGCCAUCUCCCACAGCAGACAUAACCAAAGACAGGAAACACAACAACUUCUCCCUCCAGCAGAGUCUAGAGCAACUGGAUGAACUCUUAGCAGAUCUGGUUGUUGAUUACAAACCACCAACUAGCAGAAGGUCAAGCGAAGACCUUCUGGGCCAGCUUAAACAACUUAUUACUGAAGACAAUGACAAAGACAGAGAAUCUUCUGGACUUGAAAACGUAGGUUCUCUGAACACACCGUUCCUGUCUUCUAAAUCCAGCCCUGACACAAUCAAAGACCCUGAUAGUGGGUGUGAUGCUUUACAAAGGAGCGCAGAAGAAUGUUCUCCUGACCACAGCACAGACGAAGAUGACACGAUGGUGUGUGCCAACAAGAAAUGCAACCGGACUGAUACUAUGUUCAAUGCCUGCUUGUACUACAAAUCAUGUCACAGUUGCUACACAUUUUACUGCUCACGAAACUGCCGCCGGGACGACUGGGAGAUCCACAAAGAGACCUGCCUCUAUGGCCGUGUCAGUAGUGUGUGUCGACACACUCUGAAGUUCUGCAGAGAGAACUCAGCGAUCCACAAAGCCUUCUCUCGGGUUGCUAAAGCUGGCUACCUCUCCAGAGGGAGAGGCGUUCUCUUUCUGGGUUUCGCUAAUCCAGAGACAGCUGACAACUUCCUGCAAGUUGGGCUCGAGAGUCUCCUCAUGUCUCCCACAUACUUAUCUCUCCGAGAGCUGGAUGGCUUCAAGGACAACCUAGGUGAAUACUGCAAGGAACUGCAGCAGGCAGGUAAUGAGUAUGACCCCAAUGAAUGUUUUCUUCUGAAUGUAUCCAUAGCUGUUGGUGAGCUAGUGCCUAAUAGACCUUCACCAAGAGUCCAAGCACCAACAGUUCGGAAAUAUGCAAAGGUGUCAUUAGCCUCCUCGAGCCCCGAAAAGAAGGUACUUAAGAAGGAUAGUGAAAUGGAAACUCUCAUCCUCACUCCACCUCCAGGCACACCAGACAUUGACAAGGAGGGGGAGGAGGGAAGAAAAGCCAGAGAGGUUUGCUUUGUCAAUAUCCAGCGUGAGCUCAGGACCAGGGGAGUCUUCCUUCGUCACGAGUAUCCAAAAAUCUAUAAUCAGCUGUGUGCAUUUGUGGAGAGCAACAAAAGGUUCACGCCCACUACAAUUUAUCCAAUAGAUAAGAGAACGGGGCAACAGUUUAUGUGCAUGAUCAUGGCUGCAUCUGAGCCAAGAACACUGGACUGGGUGGACACCCCACAUCUCUUGGAUGAUAUUAUAUAAUAUUCCAAUGAAUGGGAAUAAUAAUGAUGUCAGUACAGUGUUUGUACAUUUUGUAAAUACAUUGUGUGAUUUAGCAAAUGGAACAUAAAUAUGUGUAUAUGUGAACCCCCCCAUUCAAUUCUCUCUCUCUCUCUCUCUCUCUCUAUUGCUCUCUCUCUCUCUCUCACAUACACACACACACACAGUAAAUAUACACAGUUCUAUAGUUCUAAAAGUCACCCUAUGUUGUUAAUGGCUUGUUUUGAUCCUGUUGCGCUCUGAAGAGUUAAAAGCCUGCAUGUUGCCUCGGCACAAAACCAGUUAUGCCGGUGUUUAAGAUGUGAAUAUGUAUGAUCUGUGCGGUUCCUGCAGACAACGUGUGAAGCACACAAUAUUGAUAAAGUACACGUCUCAUAGCCUCCACAUAACUGUUGGCACAGCCAGGUUUCGUAGAGUAAAAAUCAUCCAGAUUUUGAUUUAGUCCAACAAAAUGUUAUAUCAGAUAUUUGCAUUUUUAUCUUCUUGGUUGUACUUAAGUAUUAUAUCCUAAGGAUACUGUAGUUGUGUGGGUAUUUUUGUUUGAAAAUUAUUACUAUAUCACUUAUUAUUAUAAUAGAGGUACAAUCCAACCACCAAACUGUUUCCCCGUGUUAUUAGGAAUAUUUUUGGGAAGAUAUUUCAUCUUGUGAUAAGACUUGAUGUCAUCCUUAUAUAUUGCUUUGUUUGACAGUGGCCUUCAGUCAGAAAAAAAAAAAAUCAUUUGACACAAAGCAAUGUAUAGGUUUAGCUAUUUCUAAAGGCUUGACAGCUUUUAACUUGGGUAGUUUGGACUACCAUUGUAAAAUAAUUAUUUUGCUCAAAGCAUGUUAUUUAUAUUCAUUAAGUAUUUUAAUAUUGAUAUUGCUUAUAAUUAGUUUUAUUAUGUUAACAAGAUACAAUUUGAUGACUAGAAAUGUUAGAGGUAUAUUAUAUAUUGAAUAAUAGAUCAUUUGAACAUCUUGAGACCUUAUUGUAACUAAUACCACAGUAUGUUCUUAAACAAUAUGCAAUAAAAGAGCAACCUUAACAUACUUAUAUGUUGUAAAACCCUAUUUUAUUAUUAAUCUUGAAUCACUUCUUGGAGCCAGGAGCCGCAAAGACGUUGCACUAAAACAUAAAUUAUAAAAGAAGUAUGUUUCUAACACAGCUGCAGCACUAAUCCCAGAUACGCCUGCAGCCAUUGUUCACGCAUCUAAGGUUGCUCUUUUACUCAACUAUAUAUAUAUAUAUCUAUAUAUACAUACAUAUAUAUAUAUCUUUGUGCAAGACCUUCCUUGACUUUCUAUUUUGUGAUGUUUAUAGCCUAUAUAUAAAUAUAUAAUAAAUGUAAUUUAACAAUAGACUUUGUUACUUUGCAUUUCUCUGCCAGAACGUAUACAACACACUAUUUGACAGUGAUCAGCACUUUUUUUUGUCACAUACAGGGAGUGGUCUGUCCAAAUAAGAACCACGUUUUAUUAAUGUAAAGUAUAGAGAAAGAUUAUUUUAAUAUAGAGAAAUUCAGAAUGACGAUUAAAGCUUUGUAUGAAACACCAGCGAAUUCAUCGAGUUCCAUAAUGUGGAAGCGUGUAUGACAUAGACACUAAAAACGGUUACAGUAUAAUUAGUAUUUAGGGGAC